UGUUUCAAUGGGUGCAAUGAAGUACACUGGCAAUUGGUGCGUCUAUUUAUUUGGCAGACGACAACAGCAAAUUGUGGUUUUAUCAACGUUUAUUGCAUCCAUAAAUCAGCGACGCACCACGCGCACACACACCAGAUACCUAAUCAGGCAGCGUUUCUCCAAGCGGAAAAUGCAAACCAGGCCCUUUGACACAUACACCAAAAUGAAACCAGACCAAAUGCAUUUCGAUUAAAUUCCGUUUUAAUUAAGGUCUUCGAUUGUGCACCAUUCAUGUGACGCACCAUCAGCACCACAGGUGGUUGCAUACAUCGUAUUCAUUCAUGAAAUUAGACCAAAUCCAUGUUGGCCAAUUCGCAGAAGUCAAUCAUAUGAAGGCCGAUGAAUCAUCGUUCAUCCAUCGCACAAUUUAAUCUCCGUUUGUGGUUUUCAGUUCAUUUGUACUGUUUUCAAUCAGAGAGAGAGAGAGAGAGAGAGAGAAAGAGAGCGUGCAUCAAAUCGCGCGUGCAUUGAUUAGUUGGCCCUAGGUGGUAUAUUGAAUAUUCAAGCCAUUACCUUUAAAUUGAACCGACUAUUAAGAGUUAUUAAUUUUGAAUUGAAGAGACAAAGGCAAACAUUGAAUCCGGAGCUAAUCGAAAUACUAUUACAAUGUGAAGCGAGUUGAAAUAAUUCGAUUCAUUGGUAUACGCCGUAGGGUAGGCAAUAUGCAACACGGAUCGCUUUUGCUUUCACGCUCUCUUUGCUCGUAGAUGACACCUGAAGCUGGUGUGAAGAACUGUGCUAUCUCAUGGGAGUUUAAAUUGCAUUGCCAGCAAAAAAACGAGGUAUGCUACGAUAAUCACACCAGUCAUGUCUCAAGUUGUCGCAAUUGAGCUUAUCAUAAGCAAUUUGCUGCAUGAAAGCAUAAUUUUAUUGUCACAUCGUCGACAGUGAUGAUAGCGUAAGAAUUGACGCACGCAAUUCCAUCCGAUUUCUCAUUGGAGUGGAUCUGCUAUAUAAAGCUCGAUGGCUGUUGAGUUGGGAAUUAAAGUUGAUUUCUAUUUGCAAGUAAAUCAAACCAACAAGUGAAAAUGUCCAAAGCAGUGUUUGCCGUGGCUUUUGCCUUCGCCGUUACAGUGCUGCUCGUGAGCAAAGAUGCAAUGUCAGCACCGCAAUUCAGUUAUUCAGGAGGCAAUGGAACAUCUUUCAGCAGCGGUGGUGUCAAUAAUCAAACCUCAAACAUUCCUGGAUCUGGCUAUGGCGGCGAAUACUACAACAAUCAUUCAAAUGAAACGGCACCCACUUCACCGUCCAUGAGCGGUUCACAAGUGAGCGGAGCACAAAAUUCAACAUCAAACCUAACAAACAAUUGCGACUGCAACAAUGUACAGAACGUACAAGAAAUGGCACCAACCGAUGCGGGCGCUACAAACAGUCCAUCAGAAGGUGCUGGCAAUCCAUCCGAUGCAGCCAGUGCUGCAUCGAGCGCUGCAAGUGGCUCAAGCUCACGAAAAUAAAACAUGCUGCACCAUUUUUUUUUGUCAAUAUUUACUUCAAACGGCUCUUGACUACACGGAAAAUGACAUAUGUAAUCUUUAAAACUUUUCUUGCUCGAAUAAAGUUCCACUUCUUCAAAAACUUAAAAAAGUUCUCCAAAUGAAAUAAACUUUGAC